GUGGGUUAUGGGAUUCAAACGGUACGAGGGCACAUUCAUUUCUCCGCAAAUCGCGAAUGCAACAACAUCCGAGUGUGUGUGAAUACGCUGUAUCGGCAUUUUGCAUUUUUAAAUCUUAAUAUUCGUACGAGAAUUCGCAUAGCAAUAUUCAAGAAUCGAUGGCCAAAGAGUCGUUCGUGUUCUCGAUCAUAGAGGACGAGAAGGGAAAGAAAUUGGACGAGAUGUUUGGGGUAAAACCGAGUUUCUUAAGAACACUACCCAGUAAUUGUUUGUUGCCACCAAAAAUCAUUUUUUACGCGCAAAAGAUACGCGACUUAACCGUAUAUGAGGAUGAUGUUUGGAUGGUCUCGUAUCCUCGUUCUGGUAGUCACUGGGCGCAAGAAAUGGCGUGGUGCAUCGGGAAUAAUUUUGAUUACGAAAAUGCUCGCACGCUUUUCAUCGUGCGAAGUCCCUUACUCGAAGGUUCGGUUGUCAUGGUCAACGGAAAUUACGAUGAAUGGUUUACGAAACUAGGUGAUUCCAUCGAAAAUAUAACAAAGAUGCCAAGACCGCGAUAUAUCAAGUCUCAUUUGCCAUGGGACUUAUUGCCGAGACAGCUUCAUGAAAAGAGACCAAAGAUAAUAUAUGUUGCAAGAAAUCCAAAAGAUACCUGUGUCAUUUAUCAUUACUGCAGAGUAUUCCAUGGUAUGAAAGGAAGCUUCGACGACUUUGCGGAGUUGAUGCUGCAUGAUAGUGCCCCACUCAGCCCGUUUUGGAACCAUAUUUUACCUUUUUGGAAGAUGAGAGAUCAGGAUAAUAUAUUAUUUAUGACAUACGAGGAAAUGAAAACGGAUCAGAUAACGAUGAUUAAGAAGACAGCGAAAUUUUUAAACAAGAAUGUGACAGACGAGCAGAUCGUCGGAUUGUGUGAACACUUAAAAUUUUCAAAAAUGGCGACGAAUCCGUCAGUGAACUUGGAACUACUGCUAGGAAACAGAGAAGCGCAAGAAGAUGAUCCAGAUCACAAAUUUAUCAGAAAAGGCAAAGUCGGCGACUGGAUGAAUUAUAUGUCAGAGGAUCUUGUUCGACGAUUCGACGAAUGGAUGGAGAAGUAUUUGUGUGGAACCGGCCUCAAAUUUCAUACAAAUAUUGCUUCCGAUGAAUAAAAAGGUGCAAUAUGUCGAAUACGGUAAACUCGAUAUAUUAAAUAAUAGGGGUGUUAAAAAAAGUCCACAUAUUUUCAGAGAUAGUAUGUAUAUAUUGUUCAAAAUAAGAAAAAAAGUCUAAUUACAUGGUUUCUACGAUUAAUAUCUACAAUUAAUAUCUUCAAAGAUAUAAGCUAUCUUUCUAUAAGAUCCUUUUUUAUUGGUUGUGUUACCUCUACAAUGCAAACAAAAAAGUUACUAGUAGUCAGCAUUAUAAGGGGUGCUUUAUGUGAUUCCCAUUCAUUGUCACGCAUUUUUCAGCCCUACGUCUCAGAAAAUCAUACAUUCUUUCAAACACACCUGACUAUUCUCGGAUUUACAACCUACUUACAAAUUUAAUGUUACUACAGCAAAACUAAUAAAUACUCUUUUAUUUAUUAGUUUUAUUUACUGCAUUGUAGAGGUGACACAACCAAUAAGAAAAGGACAAAAAGCUUAAAUAGAAAGAUAGCUUGUAUUUUCGAAAAUAUUAAUUGUAAGACCCAUAUGUAAAUUAGAUUUUUUUUUCUUAUUUUGAUGAAUACUAUUUAUUCUCAAAACAUGUAACCCUUUUUUUAACACUUUGUAUUUGUAUGCAUUAGUUGUGUUAUGAUAAUUCUCACAUGUUUUAGAUUUAUUUUAUAAUUGUGCGAUUGAUUUAUGCGGUCAUUUAUCGUUUUCAAAAAAUACGCAUGCAGUAGGUUUCUUAAAACGAUAUAUAUAUAUAUAUAUAUAUAUAUAUAUAUAUAUAUACAUAUACAUACACAUAUACAGAGGGGGGGCAUUUAUGUGACGCGGACGCGGACAUAUUUUUCAGAAACAAAGUAAGAUAUCAAAAAAUGUUUCAGACAAAAGUUGUAGGGUUCCAAGGGGACCAUAAUACCGUGACCUUCGAUUAUUCUUGGAAUGCGAUUUUGAAAAUCAUUUUGAGGUCAAUUUGGUUUUUAUAAAUAAGUAUACUUUUUUUUCCGAAAAUGAAAAGAGCGUUCAAUUUUGAGUCUAAAAGUAUUGUAUACUUAUGACCUAAAUUAAUAGGUAAUAAGAUAUUUCAAAAAUAAGGCAACAGAUAUCCGAUUAUUAAAAAUUCAAAUUUUAUUACAGUAAAUGUUCGAAAUGAUGGCCAUUAACUUCAAUAUAUUUUCGAAAAUGUUUUUCGAAAAGAAUGCUGAACUUUCAUAAAGUGUCACACAAUAAUUAUUUACAGAAUAUUUUAACGAGAGAAGUUAACUCCAUUUGUUUACAUCACAUGGAACCGUAUAUAGUAAAUGUGAAGGUACAAAUGAUCUGUAAUAUUCUCUGGAAUAAACCUACAGUUCGCUUCGUUUCCGAAAAAUAUGCCCACCCUGAUAUUUUCUUUACUAAUUGGUUCCUCUCAUUAUUCUGUGCAUAAAAGUAUUGAGGUAAAGUCAUCAAAAAAUGAAUAUUUUACGAGAUAUUUUAUAUUUAUGGAAAAUUAAGAAAUUAUUUCAAGUCUCAUAAUUCAAAAAAUACUUAAUAAGAAAAUACUUUAAUAUAGUGUUUUGAAAAGCUCUCCAGAUAAGUUACAAGAAUAUGCAAUGAAAAAUAAAAGUCCAUUAAAAAAAAAAUUAUACUUCCCUAAAAAAUUUUGGUAACCAAAUUUUUUGUUCAGCAAUUAGCCUCAUUUUUUCAUAGUUUAAGGUGUAUUAAAAACUACUAAUGGGCAGCAAAAUUUUUUUACUCUGAUUUUUUUGUAGAAAAAUAAAUCCAAAUUUACCCUACUUUCCUUCAUAUAAUACAAAACAAUUUAUAUACAAUAUAGUAUCUCGCCCUGUUAUACAAGGUAUCCCAUAAUUCACCGAUCACCUCUCGGGUGCAUAUAAAGCAUGUUAAACUGCAUAGAAAAGUUCUCUACUGUUUUGCGAUUUUCACGACAAUUAAUGAGAAAUUAAUUAUAAAAGAUGCCAAUCCGCGUCUUGCACAAGCGCGCAACGAGAAGAGACGUCCUACUAUAAUGUGUUACUUUGUGCGCGGCGAAGCGGUGGGAGGGACGCUCUAUGAAGACUACGUACGAGCGUGUAGAACACUCUUCUCACCGCUUCACCGCGCGCCUAAUAUCGCUUUACAGUAGGAUGUCUCAUCUCGUCGCGCGCUUAUAAGGCGCGGAUUGGCCGAUCUUUUUUAAUGAAUAUCUCAAUAAUUAUUAGAAAAAUCGUAAAAUGGACUUUCCUAUUCACUUUGACAUCCUUUAUAUGAACACAACGAGUGAUCCACGAAUUAUGGGACACCCUGUAUAAACCUAAUACAAUGCUCGGUAAAUCACACAUAUGCGGUACAUAUGCUGGAAAAUUAUUAUAUUAAAUCAUAUAUCGGCAAUCUUGCAAAAUUAGUUAUUGUUAAAGAACAAAAUUUUGAUACAUUUGAAGCAAAUAAGUUUAUUUGCUUUACGCAUGCACAUGCACAUGCACACGCUAAUAGUAAUUAUACACCGAUCGUGCAGUAUAUAUCGAUAAGAAUGCAGCUGGCAACUUUCUCCGAAAGUGAAAUCUCUGUUCGACGAGAAAGUUAAUAAUGCGCCGUAAAUAAUUUAAACGCGCGUAUAGAUGCUCGCAGAUAAUGCUCUCGCAUGCUUCAGAUAUUUCUUUCUUGUAAUUUGUUAUAUUUUACAAAGAAUCAUACACUUGCUAUACAGGAUGUCCCUGUAGUGCUAUUCUUACGUCCUGGUGACUCCACGAUUCCUUCCUUCCGCGAAGUUGCGGCAAUCGUCUAUUGGUGAUAAAAAUGAAUCGUUUAAUAAAUAAAGCAUCCUACGCUACGCGUUUCUCUCACGUAAACUCUUAGUCACUUGUCAAUAACCGUAUAUCUAUGAAUAAUCGUGAAAAAGACGCGAGAAGAUCGGUGAUGAAACCACGCCGAUUCUCUCGGAUAAAUAAAAAUUGAUAAAUAUCCCUUGCAAUAGAAUUUUCCGUCGUAAGAAUAAAACAAUACCGAAAAAAUAAUAAAUUUUUGUAACGAAAUACUUAAUAAAUAGAGCCGUACUAUUUGAUAAUAGUAAUCAUAAGAAAAAUAAAUUCUUUCUUAAUCGUGAAGAAA